AAUCUAAUGAUCUUGGUCCAAUAAUUAUGACUGCAAUUAAUUAUAUUAAUAGUAAAAAAUGGGAUAUAACAGAAAGUGAUUGUUUUUUUCAAUAUCAUACAAAUUUACCUGCAAUAUUAAUUUUACAAAAAG